GGGCCCUCGGCGGGCCUCGGGCCGCUCUAGGCCUCCAGGAGGAGUCACAGUCUCGGUGGCCCCCUCGCUUACAGCUCAUUCCCCUGGCACAGGGGUGGGGUGGGGCAGAGGCUCCUUCCUCCGCUCGCCUCGGCCCGGGACAAAGCGAGGCCCCUCCAGGAGGGCUGUAUCGUCACUUCCAGGCCGCACUGGGUUGUUGUGAUUCCCCGCGUGUAGACUCGCAGGCAGUGGGAUUUCCAGUGACCAAGCCUGAUGUGAUCUCCUGGCUGGAGGGGAAGAACCAUGGGUAAAGUCCAUUCAGGAAGCUAAGGAGAAAGAGAUCCUGAGGAGAGACUUUUGCUCAGACUGUGAAACCAGGACUAAGAAUAAGAAAUUGUCUCCAAAAGAGGAAAUUUCUGAUGAGAUGGGGUUCUGCUGCUCAAUAUUAGAAAGCCCUACAAGGGAUAAUUCCCAAGGAUCAGAAUUUGAGAAGCCAGUGAACAUGAGGGCAUAUCAAAGGAAAACUGUUGGUCUACUUCAGGGAAGAGAAUGGGAAAAUUACUUCACCAGAAGAGAGGUUUCAGAUCAGUGACAAUGAUCCACCAUAUACCCUACACAAGGGUGACCAGCCAGGAACAUAAUGAAUUUGUGAGAAAUGUUGGUCUGGGCUCAAAUCCUGUCAGAUAUAUCAAAGUUUCUUCAGGAGUGACAUUGCAGGAGUACGAUAAAAUAAGUCAAAUAUUCAAACCAAAUUCAGAUCCAGUUAAGUACCAGAAAGAUCUUAUGGUAGAGAAAUCUUGUAAAUCUAUUGGAUAUCAGAAAGCAUUCAGGCAAAGCUCUACUCUCAGUGAAGUACAGGGAGUUCGUACUGUAGAGGAUACCCGUGAGUACAACAGUCAAAAGUCUACAACCACUGGUCGUCAGAGAAUUCAUUCUACAGAGAAACCCUAUGAGUGCUAUGAAUGUGGUAAACACUAUACCAGAAAGGCUUUGCUUAAUAGACAUAAACAAACUCAUACUGGAGAAAAUCUCUAUGAGUGCACUGAAUGUGGGAAAACCUUCAGUCAAAGCUAUAACCUCAUUAGACAUCAGAGAAUUCACACAGGAGAGAAACCCUAUGAGUGUAAUGAAUGUGAGAAAGCCUUCAGUGAGAGUUCAAGGCUCAUUAAACACCAGAGAAUUCACACAGGAGAGAAACCCUACGAAUGUAAUGAAUGUGGGAAAACCUUCAAUGAUCCAUCAAACUUUAUUCAGCACCAGAGAGUUCAUACUGGAGAGAAGCCCUAUGCAUGUAAUACAUGUGGUAAAUCCUUUAGUGAUGCCUCAAAUCUUAUUCAGCAUCAAAAAAUUCACACAGGAGAGAAGCCCUAUGAGUGUAAUGAAUGUGAGAAAGCCUUCAGUGAGAGUUCAAGGCUCAUUAAACACCAGAGAAUUCACACAGGAGAAAAACCCUAUAAAUGUAAUGAAUGUGGGAAAACCUUCAAUGAUCCAUCAAACUUCAUUCAGCACCAAAGAGUUCAUACUGGAGAGAAACCCUAUGCAUGUAAUACAUGUGGAAAAUCCUUUAGUGAUGCCUCAAAUCUUAUUCAACAUCAAAAAAUUCACACUGGAGAGAAACCCUAUGAAUGUGGUGAAUGCGGAAAAGCUUUCAUUCUGAAUUCAUCCCUCAUUAGACACCAGAGAGUUCAUACUGGAGAAAAACCAUAUAGGUGUAAUGAAUGUGGGAAAGCUUUCAGUCAGGGUUCAAGCCUUAAUAAACAUCAGAGAAUACACACAGGUGAAAAGCCCUACAAAUGUAAUGAAUGUGGGAAAGCCUUUGUCCAGAGUUCAGGCCUCAUUCGCCACCAGAGAAGUCACACAGGAGAAAAACCAUAUGAGUGUAAUGAGUGUGGGAAAUCCUUCAGCCAGAACUCAGUCCUCAUUAGACAUCAGCGAAUUCACACAUCAAAAAACAAAGAGUCCACAAAGUGGAAUGGGUUGCCUUGGGAAGCAAAAUACAGGGGGGAAUAGAUGACUUUGGAAGUUGUUCCAACCCUAUGAUCCUGUGAAUAGGGGAAGUUUUCACCAUGAAGGGAUACUGUAUUAAACAUCAGAUUUCAUACUAGAAGGAAUACCUGUGAAUGCAGAGGAUGUGAGAAUACCUUCAUUUGUAGGGAACAUAAUAUGUUCAUUUGCAGAGAAGCUGAGAAAGCUUUCAUUUUGAGUUCUUAUGCUAGAAAACUCAUACCGGAAACUAUGACUAUGUUGUUUAUGGAAAGCCUCUUAUUCGGUGUCUUAGAAUUAACACUUGAGGCACUGUGUAAAUAAAAUUAUUGUGUUCAAGUCUUUAUACAGUACUUUAUCCAGCUUUAUUAAGCUCCAAGUAGUUAUUCUAGAGAGACAACUUAUGACAAAUCUUCCAAGUAGUAAAUUUUAUUUAGUAAUUUCCACUCUCUUAGGACUAUUUUUGCCUCCUAGAAUGUUGAAUAUAUUGCCUGCCAGUAGGUGGCAAUGUGGUACCCUUUGCAUGAAUUGAACUAUACACAGCAAGUAUCUUGACUUAUUUUCAAAAUAUAGCUCUCUAUUCCAACUCCCACAUGUAUCAUUAUAAAUUUUCACCCUAUUAUGUAUUUUAAAGUUCUUCAUUUAAGCUGUGCAGCCUUACCCAAACAAUAUGCUUUAAAAUAUUUUAAACAUUUUAAGUUCCCAAACUCUUAAGAAGUAAUUAAAUGUAUUUCUUCAUUUCA